AUGUCUCUGCACCGGGAAGAAUUGGCAGGCCACAAAAGCGACGAUGGAAAAGAACGCCCAAUCGAAAGACAAUGGACUUCAACGCCCUCCUUCCCUCCCCGAACGGAGAACCUCCGCAUACACGUCACGUCACCUAUUAUUGCGAUAACAGCUAAUCAGUCGGAUCCGACGAGUGUCACGAGAUGCGAUGGCAGCGUGAAUCGUCGUAGACGUUCCGGAAGAAGAAAAACGAGAAUAUUUUCAUCCUCUCGCGACAGAUUUCCCAUUCUGCUUCACGCCAGGGAGCUUCGUUCCGACCUAGAAUUCGGACAUCGAGUCCUCCUCGAGAUGGAAACCAAAACGGAUAAUUAA